GCGCGGAUCAUCAAUGCGGCUGGGGCCCAGAAUGGCAGCGCCGGAAUGAGGCUUGCUGACUCGAUCAUCACGCCCAGAACAACACUCGUUGAACAUCUUUGUCAAGUACGCUCAUUACGAUCUUCCUGACAACACUCGUUUUGGUGAGACGCCUCGGUGCGUGACGACUCAAUCUACGUACGACUGCACGGAGCGCAUGACCGAGACGACAUAGCGGGUGAGAAUGAGAACAACUUCGGUGUUGGCUGCCGCUCUGGUGGCUGUCUCCUCGGUGGUGGCUAGUCAGGGGCCGGCGAGACCAAAGUACUAUUUCCCGCAGCAUGUCAAGCGACAAUUCACCAACGUGACAAUAACGUCGCACGAGAGUCUGCCGCCGAGCUCGUCGUCAGAAACCACGAGGAGGCAGACGAGCUCAGACCAGGACCCCAAGUCGGACGAGUCGGGGGACUCGAAGGUCACAACCAUCAUUGUCUCGAGCCCAAUUUUUGUGCCACCACCUCCACCGACGCCAUCCCCGGCGACGAGCACCGGCUCCUCUAAUUCGAGCGACGUGAAGGUAACGACCAUCAUCGUCACGAGCCCGAUUAUUGUACCACCACCUCCUCCAACCCAGGUCCCGGCGACUUCCUCGCCCAACGACAACCUUUCGGACACAACCUCCACCGUCAGCUCCACGAGUUCCGAAACAUCCAGUAGCGGAACGCAGCCUGACAAUGCUUCGACCGCCACGACCUCUGAGAGCAGCUCUGCGGGUGAAAGCUCGCCUGUCAGUGCUUCUCCGACCGAGACCGCUCCCGCAUCUACCAGCCCCUCUGCCGAUGGCUCGAGCACGACCUCCACUAGCGACUCCGGCCUGGCUUUGACCUUGCUGCCGCCCCCAGUCAGCAACAACACUGGCGCCAGCACUAGCAGCCCGGUUGACACUCCGACGACCACGCCCGAGGGCCCGGCCACGCAGGUUCCGUUGACCAGCUCGUCGACAGCUGACCAGAAGGCUCCGAUCCCAACCACAAGCACCUCGCCGGCUCAGCAGCAGUCCCCCGCGCCGACCCCAAGCACGUCAACCUCGUCAGGAAUCCUUCUUGCUCCCACGGGUAUCGUCACUACCACUCCGUCGAGCACGCCCCAGCAGAUCACGACCCAGCCGGGCGAUCCGCUCAGCUCCGUCCUGAGCGGCAUUGGCUCGGUCAUCUCCAGCGUUCUCGAUCCUACGCCGAAUGUGACCACGGGUCUUCUCCCAACCUCGGGUGUGACUGGACCGGGAACGGGUGUGUUGACGACCGAGACGCCGACUGGGACUGGGUCGCCAACCACGCUACCGCCCGUUACCACUCUCCCGACGGAAUCGCCGCCACCUGCGAACUCGACUGCUUCCCCUACUGGGCCCGACACGAGCCCCACCCUGCCACCCGUCACUACCCCAACGACUAGCCCGACGGUCGUUCCGCCCCCUGUCAACAAUACGACGGCACCCACGUCCACGUCGCAGCCGCCGGUGACUUCUUCGACGCCUAUUUCGUCCGGCAACUCCUCGCCAACGGGUCAGGGCAACAGCACUCUGCCGCCCGAGACGUCGCUGCCCCCGGUUACCCCUACUACCACCCCCACCCCCACCAGCAGUUCUCCCACCCAGCAGUCUUCCCAACCGGGAGUCACCAGUAUCGCGCCUCUUAGCACGGUGUCCAACACGGAGCCAUGGCUUCCGACGACAAUCAUUGUGGACCAGACAACGAGCACUCCGUCAGGCGUGGUGCCCACCACGGCGACGGGAAUUCCGACGUCGUACCCGCAGGCAAUUGCGCCCAACAAUGGGCCGUCUACUCCGCCCGAGGAUACCGUGCUGAUCCAGAUUGGGUUCCGUGAAGGCUACAACUAUCCGUUCGUCGUGGCCAACGACCGGGCGGCUGCGCAGAUCUUUUCACUUCUGCCUCAGGCUUUGAGCGACGCGGGGGGGUUCGAUAUCAGCAAGGCUCAAGUCAAGCGGCUGGUGCCCCUGGACACGCAGGCCUCGCUGGGCUACCUCACGACGUGCGCGCAGGUGACGUAUCCGCAGAGCAUGGUGAAUGCGCUGGCGAUCGACAUCAAGCUGCCCAACUCUCCGCUGUACAACAACCCCAACCAGCUCAUCUACAAUCUGACGCAGCAGAUCAACCCUGCGAUCCCCAUUACCUUGGGCGCGACGUUCGACGGGGCGGGGGGCAGCGGUGCCGGCGCUGGGGGCAGCGGCGCAGCGGGCAGCGGCAGCUCCAAUUCGGACCCGUUCGGAGGCAGCGGCGGAGACAGCGGCGCCAACGGCCAGAGCGGCGCGCAGAAGGGGACGACCGCGGGUAUUGUCAGCGGCGCGGUGGCGGUCGCGGCGGCGUACGGCGUGGUCAUGUUUGUGGUGGCGCGUCGGUACAAGCGCAAGAGAAUGGCGCACCGGCGGGCGAGCUCCAUCAGCAACCCGUCCGAGAUGAGCGAGGGCGGCCGCGGCAGCCCGGCGCUCAUGGGCGGCGCCCUGCUGAGCCGCGACUUCACCAGCAGCUACGGGGCGACGCAGCCGGGUGGGCGCGACAGCCACGGCAGCGGCCGGAGCGGCAUGGGCGGCUCGGGCCGGACGCAGUUCAUCUCGGCGCCGGUCGCGGCCGAGAACUCGCUCGGCUGGAACUGAAGUUGUUUUCCGGCCUGCCCCUGACGA